GCUUGGCCACGCCUCCGUCAGCGCAAAGCGCCACCCUAUGCGCGGCGGAAGUCUCGCGAGAAGCGGCGUGAUGUGCGGGGGCUGUGUGGGCACGGAGUACCCCGAGAGGGGCACCACGUGCCUGGAGGGCGGCUCCUUCCUCCUUAACUUCGUGGGGUGCGCGCGGUGCGGCCGCCGGGACUUCGUACUGCUGGGCAAUCGCGCCGCCGGCCUGCACGGCGACGAUGAGAUCAUCACCUACGACCACCUGUGCAAGAACUGCCACCACCUGAUUGCACGCCACGAGUACACCUUCAGUGUGGUGGACGACUACCAGGAGUACACCAUGCUGUGCCUGCUAUGCGGCCGCGCCGAGGACUCGGUCAGCAUCCUGCCUGACGACCCACGUCAGAUGACCCCACUCUUCUGAAGG